AUGGUCUCUUCGUCCGUGCUGAUGGGCAGGUGUCGCUGCCAGAGCGCCGCAUGUACCCCCCUGCAAGGAUCCUGUGGUGUUAAACCAUCAGGUGGAGUGAGAAGUUUGCUGUCCUCUGAAGCAUGCCAAGGGGCUAGGAGACACAAGAGUGACUCAAAGCUGAGCAGUGAGAAGAGUGCACCCACCCCUGUAACUAAAAGGAGAUUCACAUCCCUUGGAUCAACAAUUCGGGCAUUAGUGAGAGAGCGUGGGGAGCAGGAUAAAAAACUUCAGGCUCUGGAUGAGGAUUUUGUGAAGACUGAAGCAAAGCUGAGUGCUGCAGUUCAGGAGAAAACAUCUCUUUCAGCAACUGUUGCGUGCCUAAAAAAACAGCUUCUGGAACUAAAAAGAAGCAAUGAACUACUGAAGUCAAAGCUGUCUGAAGAUGGUGUGCAAAAGAAAAUGAGCAGCCUGUGCAUGAAGUUAAUGAAGCUCAGAAACGUGAGGGAUGCUAAGGAAAAGACUGCACUUGCAAAGCAGGAAAACAUGGAAAUGAAGCUGCAGGAAGUGCAAAGGAAUCUAGAGCAUUCAAAAGGAAAAGUAGCACAGUUAGAAGAAAAACUGUCUGCUACAGAGAGAGAGAAAGUUGUAGAAAAGUCUGACACUGGAAAACUCCCGGAAUACAUCACAGAGCUCAGUAGUGUUGCAGAAACAGCUGAGAAAUACAAAGUAGCUAUUGCUCAGAUGGAGGAGACACUGAUUAAGAAAGACCAAGAUAUUGAGAUCCUCAGGGGUACCCUCAAAACAAAAGAGGAAUCAUGUAAACUGAUGAAAGAACUUAAUGAAAAAUGUCAAUUGCUUCAACAAGAAAAAGAGAAAGAGUUGUCUGAGACCAGAGGAAAAUUCCUGAGUAUGACUGCUGAAAUAGAAGACCUGAAAAAAAAAAUUGCUUUGGAGGAAGAACAACACCAAAAACUGCUUCAGAAACAUGAGGAGGUUGUCUCUCAGCUGCAGCAAGAGAAGGAGUCAUCUGCAUCAGCACAGCAGAAGUUACUGGAGUUGCAGGAUGAGGUAACAAGGGAGAGACGACUUUUUGAAGAAGUGCUGAAUGAUACCAUGAAUGAGUUGAAUAAAUUACAUGCAAAGGAGAAGACAGCUGAAAAGUUGGUGAAGCAAUUGGAACAAGAAAUCAAAUCUCAACGUCUUGAACUUGCACAGAUGGAAGAAAAGUUGAAAGGGAAGAAUGCUGAGUUGGAGCAAAUCAAUGAAACUCAUGGGAGUGCUAUAUUGCAAAUCCAAGAGCAGCAUAGGAAUACACUGGAGAAACUUGGAGAGACUGUUGCUGACUUCGAAAGCUACAAGAAGACAACAGCUGAAGAAAUACGCUGUCUUAAACUGGAGAAUACCUCUCUGAAAGAAGCAGUUGCCAACCUUAAAAAAUUAGGCCAAGAGAAUCAACAAUUGCUCCAGGAAGCAGAAUAUACUAAAAACAAAGAAUGUGCAAGGAUGCUUUUAGAAGUCCAGACCAAGCUUGCACUAAAAGAAGCAGAAACAGAGAGAACAAAAGAGUCUUGCCUUGCACAAAUGACUAAACUUCAGGAAAAAAUGGAAGAGCAAACUGAAGAACUGAAAAGGAAUACAUACAAGGAACAUAAGGCCUAA